AGUAGUAGCAAAUAGAAAAUUAAUUGCUCAAGUCUGCAGUAAUUAGUGCCCUUUUUAAUCCCUUGUGUAAAUUUUACCGCGGAAAUCCAGACGACAUAUUUUUGAUUGAUAAUCGCGAUGAUGUGAUAUAUAAGCCAGCAUCUUGGAGUACCAUAAAUCCCCAAGCACACCACAUUAAUGUUCAUGUCCACCUUUUGAAUGUGCAAACUUUGAUUCUUGGAAAACUGGUAAACCUUUCACUUGAAGCAAUUGAUGCAAGCAUGCCGCUGGACGGUGUUAAGAAUAUUGUGUUGGUCCUCUCCGGGAAAGGCGGUGUCGGCAAAUCCUCCGUGACCCUCCAACUCGCUCUUACUUUCUGCCUCCAAGGCCGGUCCGUGGGUAUUCUGGAUGUCGACUUAACUGGCCCUUCUAUCCCACGCCUCGUCGGACUAGAAGAUGCGAAGAUUACACAGGCCCCGGGCGGCUGGUUGCCGGUCACCGUCCAUCCCUUCCACACCCCUUCUUCAGACGGGUUAAACGGCAGUCAGAGAGCAAACAAACCGGAUGAUUCGAACGAAUCUUCCUCCUCUACAGUAGAGACUGCCCCUCAGAGCACCAAUUUCUGCGGCUCCCUACGAUGCAUGUCCCUCGGCUUUCUCCUCCGCGACCGUGGCGACGCCGUAAUAUGGCGCGGUCCCAAGAAGACCGCUAUGAUCCGUCAGUUUCUCACGGAUGUUUUAUGGGGAGAAACGGACUAUCUUCUCAUCGACACGCCGCCGGGCACGAGCGAUGAACAUAUCGCGCUCGCUGAGCAAUUGCUCACCAUUCAGCAAACUUACUCUUUGCGUUCUUCACGUGCCACAGCGCCGAAAUUAGCGGGCGCCGUUCUGGUGACGACGCCCCAGGCGAUAUCCACUUCCGACGUGCGGAAGGAGAUCAAUUUCUGUGUUAAAACGCGCAUACCAGUAUUGGGGGUGAUUGAAAACAUGUCUGGAUAUACAUGUCCGUGUUGUGGCGAAGUGAGCAACGUCUUCUCCCGCGGAGGCGGACAAAUUAUGGCACAGGAAACGGGCGUAAGAUUCUUGGGAGCUGUUCCGAUUGAUGUUGGAUUUGGUGAAAUGGUAGAGGGAUGGAAGAAGGACUCUACUGGGCAAGACCAGGGAAAUAAAGCGACAAAAAAGGGGCAAGACGCCCGUCUGGAUUCUUAUGACGAUUUGCUGGUUGAGAGAUACAAAAAGUGCUGGUCUUUUUCGGUCUUUGAAGAAUUUGCGAAGAAGUUGAUUGGUCUUAUAGAGGGCUCAGACCAGCAAUAACAUGGAGAAUUCUAGGUUUAAGGAUAGCACAGCUUAGGAUCUUGUUUGUAUAUAAAACCUCACCUUUCCCAUGCUCCAAGAUAGUCGCCCAAGAGAACUUGCCAAAACAUCUUUAAUACGAACAAUGUAAAAUUGAAAAUUG